CCCCUCCCGUGCGCGAUCCCCACAGUCAAGGCGGACAAGGAGAGCUUCGAGAAGGUGUACCAGGUGGGCGCCGUGCUGGGCAGCGGCGGCUUCGGCACCGUCUACGCGGGCAGUCGCAUCGCCGACGGGCUCCCGGUGGCCGUGAAGCACGUGGUGAAGGAGCGGGUGACCGAGUGGGGCAGCAUCGGCGGCGCGGCCGUGCCCCUCGAGGUGGUGCUGCUGCGCAAGGUGGGCGCGGCGGGCGGCGCGCGCGGCGUCAUCCGCCUGCUGGACUGGUUCGAGCGGCCCGACGGCUUCCUGCUGGUGCUCGAGCGGCCCGAGCCGGCCCAGGACCUCUUCGACUUCAUCACGGAGCGCGGCGCCCUGGACGAGCCGCUGGCGCGCCGCUUCUUCGCUCAAGUGCUGGCCGCCGUGCGCCACUGCCACAGCUGCGGGGUCGUGCACCGCGACAUCAAGGACGAGAACCUGCUGGUGGACCUGCGCUCGGGCGAGCUGAAACUCAUCGACUUCGGCUCGGGCGCGCUGCUCAAGGACACGGUGUACACCGACUUCGACGGUGAGCGCGCCGCUGGCCGGCGGGGACGCCCGCGGGGAGGCCCGGAGGGGCUGGUGACUGUUGGA